UGGAAUUCUGAACACUCGUUCAAGAAUGAGGGGGAGUAUGGUCAUUUGGAGCACUGUCUUCUGUCUAUAAAUUCUGAACGAGGGUGUCUGACAGCAUUUUGUGCUUUUCCCGUAGUUCCUGGACUUCCCAUUAUCGACUAUUGACGUGCGCAUUCAGGUUGGGUUGGUACUUUGGUUGCCUACUUGACUCGCCGGAAACUCUCCCAAAUUUGCCCAAAUAGCCUAUCAGCUCUGGUCGUCCAAUGGGUGAUCUUGGAAGCGUAGAACACUCGUCGGUAAUGUCCAAUUUCCUCCAGAAGUCUGGUGGUUACGGCAUCAUCGAUGGUGGUCUUGCGACGGAGCUCGAACGACACGGCGCGGACCUGAACGAUCCUCUCUGGAGCGCCAAAUGCCUCAUUAGCUCCCCUCACUUAAUCAGAAGGGUACACCUGGACUACCUUGAAGCCGGCGCUGAUAUUAUAACCACUGCCUCUUAUCAGGCUACUAUUCAAGGUUUUGAGGCUAAAGGCUUGUCAGGGGAAGAAAGUGAAGUUCUGCUGCAAAGGAGUGUAAAACUUGCAUGUGAGGCGCGAGAUAUUUAUUAUGAUAGAUGCACAAAAUAUUUGCCUGAUGGCAUUGGAAAUGAAAGAAUCCUGAAAAAGCGUCCCAUCUUAGUAGCUGCCUCUGUAGGAAGCUAUGGGGCUUAUUUGGCUGAUGGGUCUGAGUACAGUGGGAACUAUGGCGAUGCAAUUACUCUUGCAACUUUGAAAGAUUUCCAUAGGAGAAGGAUUCAGGUUCUAGCAGAAUCAGGUGCUGACCUAAUUGCAUUUGAAACAAUUCCAAAUAAGCUAGAAGCACAGGCCUAUGCUGAGCUGCUUGAGGAAGAUGAUAUAAUGAUACCAGCAUGGUUCUCAUUCAAUUCUAAGGAUGGUUUCAAUGUGGUUAGUGGAGAUUCUUUGCUUGAGUGUGCAUCAAUUGCUGAUUCAUGUAAGAAGAUUGUUGCUGUUGGAGUCAACUGCACCCCUCCGAGAUUUAUUCAUGGUCUCAUUCUCUUAGUUCAAAAGGUGACAAGUAAACCUAUACUUAUUUAUCCAAAUAGUGGUGAAACUUAUGAUCCUGUUCGAAAAGAAUGGGUGGAAUCUACUGGAGUUUCAGAUGAAGAUUUUGUCUCAUAUGUAAGUAAAUGGCGGGAGGUAGGGGCUUCCCUCGUAGGUGGCUGCUGCAGGACAACACCAAACACCAUCAAAGCCAUAACCAGGGCCUUGUCAAAGGAGUCUGCUGCCCUAUCAUCUUUGCAGUAAUCUGUUGUGCGAUUAAAGACCAACUUUAGAGAGAACCAGAGAAAGAGAUGUAUGUAGAGAAUCGGAGAGAGGGCUGUAAAAUACAUGAAGGCAGAUGUCAAGGAAGGCUGGAAUCUAUAAAUUUCCUGCUUUCCUGUUCAAAUAAAAAGUGUAGCCAAAAAAGUAAAUUAGAAUAAAGUAGUAAUGAACUAAUGAUCUUUUAGAUAACUA